UAAACCCAGAUUUUCCCAAUUUUGGAGGAUUUUGUGUUCACCUUUUAUCUACCUUGCUGGUUUAUGUUAUUUUUAUUUGAGUUUGAACAAGUAUUUGUAUCCUGCAGGUGCACGAGCCAUGGAUCAGAACAGCAGCAGUGAGGAGCUCAUUCUUAUUGACCGUGACCCCAAGGUGUUGAGGCCUGCAGGUGUACCUGCCAUGGACCAGAUCAGCAGCAGUGAGCAGCUGGUUCUACUUUCUAGCGACCCCAUGGAGUAUCCUGCAGGUGCACGAGCCAUGGAUCAGAACAGCAGCAGUGAGGAGCUCAUUCUUAUUGACCGUGACCCCAAGGUGUUGAGGGUGAGGACAGCCAUAGUGCAGGUGCUGGUGUGGUUCUUCAUCUAUAUUGAUAUCUUCAUGCUCUUCACCGUGUUCAGUAAGCAAGCUUUCCGGGGUGAUACGCGAUACAUCCUGUUUGCUAACACCCUGCUGGUGGACUCUACACUCCUGCUGCUCACAGACCUGGUGGUGCUGCUUGGUUACUUCAAUACACGGAUACCUGUCAGUCACUGCAUCGUGCUCUGCUUUGUAAUGGGGAUCAGCGUUAAAAACACACCUUACACCAUAACCGCUAUGUGCCUGGAGCGAUACGUGGCCAUCUGCAUGCCGCUUAGACAUGCCAGCAUUUCCAGCACCGGGAGGACCAUGGCUGCCAUCAUUAUCAUCUGGGCAUUCAGCUCUGUCAAGGUCAUUAUAGAUGUUGUUAUCGUCACUGUUACAGCCCCACCAAGCUACUUUGCCAAGCCCACCUCAUGUGACUACCGGAUCAUGCUGGUGACUGAUUGGCAGCAACUCAUGCAUGUCAUCUUUGGUCAGAUGGACUUCUUUAUUAUUGCAUUGAUAGUACUGUUCUGCUACACAAAGAUAAUGCUGGCAGCUCAAGCUGCCUCCGGAGAAAAUAAACAGUCUGUAUCAAAGGGGCGACGCACACUCCUGCUCCAUGGCGUACAGCUUGUUUUAUGCUUGGCUAACCUGUGGGUCCCCUUUAUAAUGGAUGUUGUUAGGAAGCAAAGCCAACACUUGUUCCUACCUGUCCGAUUCUUCAAUUUCAUUGCUUUUACUAUUGUCUCAAGGGCUCUGAGUCCACUUAUCUAUGGCCUCAGGGAUAAAGAGUUUAGCCUUGCCCUGAAAUAUUACAUGAGGUGCAAGGGCAAGCCCCUCUCUGGAGGGCUAUGUAGCAGCUUAGGAUGA